UUGCCAGCUGGGGCCGGGCGCCGGAAUGUGCAUGUUGAUUUUGGCCAAAAACAGCGUGGUGAAAAUCUGAAAGUUCGAAAUCGUUUUUCGUAGCGAAAACCAGAGUCAAUUGCCAGAAGAUAAACGGGUUCCCUUCGAAAUUCUGCCACUUUUUAUAUCUGAUUGGUUGAUUUCUUAACCUAGGACGCGGAAAGUCGCAUUUUUCUUCCACAAGCAUGACUUCCAGUUUGCCGGGACUUAUCUCAGAUAAAGAAAAUAGACCUCCCAAUGCUGCUGACGCUAAUGAGGUCCAAAUUAUUGGCACCAAAGCAGAAACUGCAUGUCUUGUAGAACGAGAAGUGUGUUGCGUCGGUCCGUUCUACCUUCGACUUCUGCACCCCAAUUAUGUCGAAGCUGCGUCUGGAGCUGACCACUGUUUGCCUUCGGGAGGCGUGGACGAGUUGGACGAAGAGGAGGACGAGGCUGAGCAGUUUGAGGAUGAUAUUGAGUACCUGAAGAGCCUUGACCCAAAGGAAUGGAAGGACCAAGAUCAUUACAGAGUCCUUGGCCUCAGGACGAAGCGAAUCAAAGCCACCGAUGGUGACAUCAAACGCGCCUAUCGACAAAAGGUUCUUCGCCACCACCCUGACAAGAGGAAAGCGGCAGGUGAAGUUGUGAGUCAGGAUGAUGAUUAUUUCACCAAUAUUACAAAGGCCUGGGAGACUUUGGGCAACCCUAUUGCUAGAAGAGCCUUUGAUUCUGUUGAUCCUGAAUUUGAUGAUGAUUUGCCAACGCCUAGUGAUAUUAAGAAUAAAGGAUUUUACAAGGCUUUUGGUCCUGUUUUUGAAAGAAACCAAAUCUGGUCUGAAAAUCGGCCUGUGCCUACUUUAGGAGAUGAUUCAACUAGCAGAGAAGAGGUUGAAAAGUUUUACGCCUUUUGGUUUAAUUUUGUGUCAUGGAGAGAGUAUUCGUAUCAUGACGACGAAGAAGCUAAAUCUGGAUCAGAUCGAGACACCAGAAAGUGGGUUGAAAAGCAGAACAAAGCACAGAGGGCCAAGCUGAAGAAGGAGGAAAUGACUCGUAUCAGGAAAUUGGUCGACAUGGCUCACGAAGCCGACCCUCGAGUCAUCAAAUUCAGGCAGCAGGACAAAGAGGCCAAGCAGGCCCAGAAAGCAGCUCGUCAAUCAGCAAUUCAAGCGCGCAAAGAAGAGGAAGAGCGAGCUCGGCAGGAAGCUCUGCAGAAAGAAGCAGAUGAGCGUGAGAAGAAACAACAGGCAGAGAAAGCCGCUCAGGAAGUGCAAAAGAAGCAGAGGGAGGCAGUGAAGAAUGCGCUUCGCAAGGAGAGAAAAGCUCUGAGAACCGUCUGCAAGGACAACAAUUUCUACACUUCUGAAGGAGAAGAUCAUCUGCAGAACAUGAUGAAGGUUGAGUCCAUGUGUGACGUUUUUCAAAUUGAAGAAUUGAGUGAACUGAGCAAGAUUUUGAUUGCACAAAAUGCUGAGGAAGGUCGAGAGACGUUCAAGACGUGGUUACAAAAAUUAGAAGAUCGACUGCAGAAGGAAAGGAAGCAGGUAAUGGAAAGUGCUGCUAAAGGAGCAACUGGAAAGGGGAAAGGUGGGUCUUCUACUGAGUGGACACCGGAUGACCUGGCUUUGCUGAUCAAGGCUGUCAAUCUGUUCCCUGCUGGAACAAAUCAGCGCUGGGAUGUGGUUGCACAAUUCAUCAACCAGCACUCGUCGAGCGGCCAGGAGCGGACGGCCAAGGACGUUUUGUCCAAGACGAAAGGCCUCCAGAGUUCCGACUACUCGAGCAUCAAGGAUGCGGCCAACAAGAAGGCGUAUCAGGACUUUGAGCGGAGCCAGAAGACUGUUCCGAGCGUUGUCAGUGACGAGCAGGCCUCGCAGAGAUUUGACAGCGUUUCCGAGCAGCAGGGUAUGGGUGCUCCUUGGACUGCUGAAGAACAGAAGUUGCUGGAGCAAGCUUUGAGAACUUAUAAUUCAGCCACUCCGGACCGCUGGGACAAAAUAGCAGAAUGUGUGCCAAGUAGGAGCAAGAAGGACUGCCAGAGGCGUUUCAAGGAACUUGCUGAAAUCGUUAAAGCGAAGAAAGCUGCUCAAGCAAAAGUAGCAAGCAAAUGAAAGUCCUUAUGACUGUUAAAUGUUCAAUUCUCAAACCAUCUCAUCACUCAGCAAACAAUAAACGCAAGAAAAUACUAUUUGCAUCGAUU